GUCAGAGUGAGACCUCUCGUUGCUCACACACACUCUCUGCUCUCUGACGCAGCAGGAAGUAGCAGCAGCAGCAGAAGAAGAGACGAAGAGUCACAUGUGUGGUGGUGAUGACGUCAGUGCUGCAGCUUCCUGCUGAGCUCUGGCUUCAGGUGUUCAGCUUCCUGUCCUGGAGAGACAAACUAAGUGUGCGCUGCACCUGUUCACACUUCAGACACCUGCUGGAUAAAUCCCGCCCCCUGUGGCGAGGCUUCCAUAUCGUGCUGCAACAAUUUUCUCGAUACAACCACCUAUUCUGGCGCAGCCUGGCUCAGCGGCAUGUGGGUAUUGUGUCAGUUCGUUCAGGUAAGAGGAAACACCUAAAGCAGCUUUCCACCUGGAUUCCUGCUCUUGAUGCACUGGGGUUGGACGAUUGGAGGGAAGGGGGUAUCGAUGAGCUGAAACUCUUUCAGCGGCUGCAGCGUCUGUCCAUCACAAACUCUUCCAUACCACUCAAAAACUUCAACUUCCUGUUUCCUGUGAGUCACCAGCUGACGCAGCUUAGCCUCUGUAACGUGCAGCUCACCUGUCCUGCCUCUCAGCUGUUGGCCUCUGUGAGUCAGCUGACUCGUCUCACCUCACUGCUGCUGCACCAUGAUGGCAGUCUGAGCAUACCAAAUCCCAGCAGUGUCCUGACUCACCUGACCAAGCUGAAACACCUGUCCUGGACCAUGAUCACUUACAAGACACUGUCACAUGAUUUCUUUGACCCUGGCCACCACACAGCAGGUGGCAGCGCUCUGCAGUUGUCUGACCUGCAGUUGUUGAAUUACGAUGCUGUGGUGACGCACGAAGCUCUGCAGCCAUUGUCCUGCCUCCGCAGCCUGUCAAUCUUCCACCUGUACUCUGUACCUGGACCCACCUGUCACUUGCAAACAUGGCUGAUGGCACUACCACAGCUGCGCAGCCUCAGUGUGCAUGGAGGCCAUCCUCUGGCAGUGUAUGCUGACAUCCUGCCAUCCUCCCUCCUCAGUCUGACUCUCUGUGUCGAUCUGCAGCCUGAAGAUCUGCAGGUGGUGUCACACAGAGCUCCUCACCUGCAACACCUGCACCUGGAACCCUGGAGCGCCUCCUCCAACCUGGUCACACUCCUCCCACACCUCUUCCCUCACCUGAGAACACUCCGGAUCAGACAUCAUCACGUGUCAGACGGUGACUUCCUGCGUCUGCAGCAGCUGCAGCACCUCGACACUCUUGAACUUCUGGACUCGUACUACAGACCCGACCCGGCCGACCCAAGCUGGGUCGUCAAUGAACCAAGUCCUCGCCUGCUGCAGCUGAUAUCUGACCUGCAGGACCUCACCAAUCACAGAGUCCGAGUCAUCACCAGCUCACACAGAGAUCCACUCACCUGCCACUGUGUCUGACCAAUCAGGGAAUCUCGUCACAGCCCGUGACAUCAGCUGAUAACCAGAAUAUUCAAAUUACAUUGUUGUACUUACUGUGCCUUUUUUUGUGCAAGGGUUAGGGUGUCAUAAUCGUCAAAGCGCUUCAGCGUUGAGUCAUUUUUAUAAACAGUUGUUGUUACUUAUUGCAGUUUUAGAAUGGCAGCAACCAUGACCCUUUUAAAGUGGUGCAAAGGAGCGGGUUCUAAACAGCCGCCAUGUUUGUCAUCUGUGGCUACACAAGUGGCAACACGGUGACGUCGUUGGUAACAUGUGGGAAUACAUUGCUCAGGAGGAACAUGAUUUAAGUUUGGCAGGUAAUGGAUUUGUUGAGGUGUGUCAGUUAUUGAUAACUGAUUUGUUCAUAUAUUUAUGCACACAUUCAUAAACAUGAACCAAAAAACACACAAAGCUGUGUGCAGGUAAAAACAUAAAAUAUGAAAGAAAAUAAAGAGAAAAAAGUUGUUUCUGUCUGAAAUCAUGAUAGAAUGAAUAAUUAGAAUAGGAAAUAAUAGAAUGAAUGAUUUUAUUGUCAACCAAAGAUUAGAACAAUAUAAUAAAACAAACAAAACAAAAGUAAAAGUGUCUGAAGAGGAGCAUGUAGAAGUAAAACAUAUACAUCCCUACCCCUUCUCAAUUUUCUUCUUUUCUUCUUUCAACAAAUUCUCAAAUGUAUUUAUAACUAAAACAAUAACCCACAGUUUGUUUGCCACCCUAUUAAAUACUUAAUAUCAAUGGCACAUUAUUUACAAUCCAAAUAUCCACCCAGUGUUACAGAUAAGUGUUAACAUGACCUAACACAACCUUUCCUCUUCCAUAUACCUGACAAAAAUAUAUUAUUUGUAUUUUUUAAAAAUUGAUUUAUAUUUGUGCUUUGCUUCAACUCCUCACCCGACACAUUGCACAAGUCCACCCCAACGUACCACAUCACCCUAUUUAUAGGACACAUUGUGUUAUUAAAUGAAAUUAUCCUCUAUAUUGUAAAAAGCCUGUCACAAAACAUGUUUUAAUGUUGCUCAGAUUUAAAUGAAGUUUUGCUUUAAACAUGAUCAUUGCAGUUUUAAAUUUGACCAGAUCUAUAAAUUAUAAUACAUGUGAAUUUAAAAACAGUGUGUUUGUGUGUUCCCUAUCCACAUGAUGUAUUAUCCUGAAUGCUCUCUUUUGAAGUAUGCAUAUUGGUUAUAAGUGGCUUUUGUAAGUGCUGCCUCACACUUCCACAUAGUAAUUCAGCAAUGGUGAUAAGAGUGAAAAAUACAGUACAAUACAAUAAGGACAGUGAGUUGUGAGAAUAGACCAGUAUGUGUUUUGUCUGCUUCAGAAUUCAACACUUUGCCAACGUUGUUCUGAUAACUGAUUCGAGGUUUCCAGCAGAUUUUGUGGAUUAAAAUCAGGUCCAGGAAUUUGUUUUUAUAAACUCUUUCCACAUUAACAUUAUAAAUCAUUGUUUGUACUUGUUCAUCUAUAUAGCUUUUUCCAAACAACAUACAUUUGGUUGUGUUCAAAUGUAAUGAUAACUUUUCCCCAAACACAAAGAACAGUGUUGUCAUUUGUGAAUAAAACAAAUUUUAUUUUUCUGGA